UGGCGCCUCAUUCGCUCGCACCUUUCUGGGGUACUGGUCGUUUCAUCGGCGCGGCGAUACCCCUCUCCGAUUGGUGAAUUGAUCUGCGGUGCUAAAUUACUUUCUCGCUCGGAUUUCCCACCAUUCUCAUGCACCAUGGCUUCCACGCAGGCUCCCAACGACCCCGGUACACUCGCCCACGUGCAGAAGUUUUGGGAGGGCAGGAAGCCUAGCAGUCCCAUCUACCAGUUCCUGCUCGACGACAUCCAGCUGACCCAUGCCUCGAAAGGUGUCGUGCGAGCGCGACUCCUUCUCACCAAAAACCAUGUCAACACGCAUGGCGGCAUCCACGGGUCGGUGUCUGCUACACUCAUUGACUGGGUUGGUGGCAUUGCGAUUGCAGCAUGGGACAAUCGCGACAAGGCUGGUGUGUCCACGGACAUCCACAUCUCGUAUGUGAGCUCAGCGAAGGUUGGGGACUGGAUAGAGAUCGAGGGCAAGUGCGACAAGGUCGGAGGCACAUUGGCGUUCACCACCGCCACGAUAUGGAAGCUUGUCCAUGGCCAGCCAGGGCCGGUCGUGGCCACAGGGAGUCACACAAAAUAUGUGAGGGUAUAGACGAACGGGUCACGCUGUCUUCUUUGAGGUCUCGUCCGCGCUCCAUGGAUGAUCGAACUCCACUCGGAUUGCGAAGAUUGAUGGCGCUUGAACUGGACGCCUCUGUGAUAGCCGUUAGGCUCUGGGGUUUGAACGGUGAUAGCGCCUACAUGACAAAAUACAACC